AUGCCUCCAACGACCCAUAACGAUGCCAUCACCGCCGAGGAGAUAACAGGCGUCGAGUCCCCAAACACACCAGCUCCAACAACAGACGCCUCGUCGCAAAAGCGCCCCAAUGCGUUCACAGAACUCAUGUCCGGGUCCAAGAAGCCCAAGCCCCCCACCCCACCCCCAAGCACGCUCGACAAAGCAAAAAAGAUAGCGCGAAGUUUCGACCCCCGCAACGGCCUAGGCGUAUACCUUGAGCACCCCGAGACCAACCCCGAAGGGCGAGUAGUAGACUACGACGACGACUUCGUCGUCAUAAACGACAAGUUCCCGAAAGCAAGCGUGCACCUCCUGCUCAUCCCGCGCAACCCAGCCCUCUACUUCCAGCACCCCCUCUCCCUGCUCUCAGAAGACACAGCUUUCCUCGCCGACGUCCGCGAACGCGUCACCCGCAUCAAAGCCCUCGCGGCCAGCGAACUGCGUCGCCAGUAUGGCCACCUAAGCGCGACCGACGCGCCCUACCAGACCGCGCUGGAGGACCUCAUGUCCUCGUCUUCUCCCCCAACUCCCUCGGAACGCGCAUCCCUCCUCCCGCCCGGCCGCGACUGGCUGGCCGAUAUAAAAGCAGGCGUGCAUACACACCCCUCGAUGAACCAUCUGCACAUUCACAUCCUGAGUCGGGAUAUGCAGUCCCCGUGGAUGAAGCAUAAGAAACAUUACCUCAGCUUCAAUACGGGCUUUCUCGUGGAAAUGGAUGAGUUUCCGCUGGAGGAGGGGAGUAAGAGGUUUCAUCCGGGGGAUUGGCCGAACUGGGAGAUGAAGUGUUGGAGGUGUGGGAAGGGGUUUGGGAAUAAGUUUGCGAAGUUAAAGGCGCAUAUGGAUGAGGAGUUUGAGGUGUGGAAGAAGGAGUGAACGAUAGUCGGC